CAACAGCAGGUCCAACAACAGCAGGUACAACAGCAGCUCCAACAACAGCAGCUCCAACAACAGCAGCUCCAACAACAGCAGGUCCAACAACAGCAGCUCCAACAACAGCAGCUCCAACAACAGCAGGUCCAACAACAGCAGCUCCAACAACAGCAGCUCCAUCAACAGCAGCUCCAACAACAGCAGGUCCAACAACAGCAGCUCCAACAACAGCAGCUCCAACAACAGCAGCUCCAACAACAGCAGCUACAACAACAGCAGCUCCAACAACAGCAGCUCCAACAACAGCAGCUCCAUCAACAGCAGCUCCAACAACAACAGCUCCAACAACAGCAGCUCCAACAACAGCAGCUCCAACAACAGCAGCUCCAACAACAGCAGCUUCAACAACAGCAGCUCCAACAACAGCAGCUCCAACAACAGCAGCUUCAACAACAGCAGCUCCAACUCCAACAACAGCAGCUCCAACAACAGCAGAUCCAACAACAGCAGAUCCAACAACAGCCGCUCCACCAACUCCAGCUCCAACAACAGCAGCUCCAACAACAGCAGAUCCAACAACAGCAGAUCCAACAACAGCCGCUCCACCAACUCCAGCUCCAACAACAGCAGAUCCAACAACAGCCGCUCCACCAACUCCAGCUUCAACAACAGCAGCUCCAACAACAGCAGGUCCAACAACAGCAGCUCCAACAACAGCAGCUUCAACAACAGCAUCUCCAUCAACAGCAUCUCCAACAACAGCAGCUCCAACAACAGCAGCUCCAACAACAGCAGCUCCAACAACAGCAGGUCCAACAACAGCAGCUCCAACAACAGCAGCUCCAACAACAGCAGCUCCUACAACAGCAGCUCCAACAACAGCAGCUCCAACAACAGCAGCUCCAACAACAGCAGCUCCAUCAACAGCAGCUACAACAACAGCAGCUCCAACAACAGCAGCUCCAACAACAGCAGCUCCAUCAACAGCAGCUACAACAACAGCAUCUCCAUCAACAGCAUCUCCAACAACAGCAGCUCCAACAACAGCAGCUCCAACAACAGCAGCUCCAACAACUCCAGGUCCAACAACAGCAGCUCCAUCAACAGCAGCUACAACAACAGCAGCUCCAACAACAGCAUCUCCAACAACAGCAGCUACAACAACUCCAGGUCCAACAACAGCAGCUCCAACAACAGCAUCUCCAACAACAGCAGCUCCAACAACAGCAGCUCCAACAACAGCAGCUACAACAACUCCAGCUCCAACAACAGCAGCUCCAACAACAGCAGCUCCAACAACAGCAGCUCCAACAACAGCAGCUCCAACAACAGCAUCUCCAACAACAGCAGCUCCAACAACAGCAGCUCCAACAACAGCAGCUACAACAACUCCAGGUCCAACAACAGCAGCUUCAACAACAGCAUCUCCAUCAACAGCAUCUCCAACAACAGCAGCUCCAACAACAGCAGCUCCAACAACAGCAGCUCCAACAACAGCAGCUCCAACAACAGCAGCUCCAACAACAGCAGCUCCAACAACCCCAGCUCAAACAACAGCAGCUCCAACAACAGCAGCUCCAACAACAGCAGCUCCAACAACCCCAGCUCCAACAACAGCAGCUCCAACAACAGCAGCUCCAACAACAGCAGCUCCAACAACAGCAUCUCCAAUAACAGCAGCUCCAACAACAGCAGCUCCAACAACAGCAGCUCCAACAACCCCAGCUCCAACAACAGCAUCUCCAACAACAGCAGCUCCAACAACAGCAGCUCCAUCAACAGCAGCUCCAACAACAGCAGGUCCAACAACAGCAUCUCCAACAACAGCAGCUCCAACAACAGCAUCUCCAUCAACAGCAGCUCCAACAACAGCAGGUCCAACAACAGCAUCUCCAACAACAGCAGCUCCAACAACAGCAGCUCCAACAACAGCAGCUCCAACAACCCCAGCUCAAACAACAGCAGCUCCAACAACAGCAGCUCCAACAACAGCAGCUCCAACAACAGCAGCUCCAACAACAGCAUCUCCAAUAACAGCAGCUCCAACAACAGCAGCUCCAACAACAGCAGCUCCAACAACAGCAGCUCCAUCAACAGCAGCUCCAACAACAGCAGCUCCAACAACUCCAGCAUCUCCAACAACAGCAGCUCCAACAACAGCAGCUCCAUCAACAGCAGCUCCAACAACAGCAUCUCCAACAACAGCAUCUCCAACAACAGCAGCUCCAACAACAGCAUCUCCAACAACAGCAGCUCCAACAACAGCAUCUCCAACAACAGCAGCUCCAACAACAGCAGCUCCAACAACAGCAGCUCCAACAACCCCAGGUCCAACAACAGCAUCUCCAACAACAGCAGCUCCAACAACAGCAGCUCCAACAACAGCAGCUCCAACAACAGCAGCUCCUACAACAGCAGCUCCUACAACAGCAGCUCCUACAACAGCAGCUCCUACAACAACAGCAGCUCCAACAACAACAGCUCCUACAACAGCAGCUCCUACAACAGCAGCUCCUACAACAGCAGCUCCAACAACAGCAGCUCCAACAACAGCAGCUCCAACAACUCCAGGUCCAACAACAGCAUCUCCAACAACAGCAUCUCCAACAACAGCAGCUCCAACAACAGCAGCUCCAACAACAGCAGCUCCAACAACAGCAGCUCCAACAACAGCAGCUCCAACAACAGCAGCUCCAACAACAGCAGUUUCAACAACAGCAGCUCCAACAACAGCAGCUCCAACAACAGCAGCUCCAACAACUCCAGGUCCAACAACAGCAUCUCCAACAACAGCAGCUCCAACAACAGCAGCUCCAACAACAGCAGCUCCAACAACAGCAGCUCCAACAACUCCAGCUCCAACAACAGCAUCUCCAACAACAGCAGCUCCAUCAACAGCAGCUCCAACAACAGCAGCUCCAACAACAGCAGCUCCAACAACAGCAGCUCCAACAACAGCAGCUCCAUCAACAGCAGGUCAAACAACAGCAGCUCCAACAACAGCAGCUCCAACAACAGCAGCUCCAACAACUCCAGGUUCAACAACAGCAGCUCCAACAGCAGCUCCAACAACAGCAGCUCCAACAACAGCAGCUCCAACAACUCCAGGUUCAACAGCAGCUCCAACAACAGCAGCUCCAACAACAGCAGGUCCAACAACAGCAGGUCCAACAACAGCAGCUCCAACAACAGCAACUCCAACAACAGCAGCUCCAACAACAGCAGCUACAACAACGGUUGCCCGCACAACCAGAGCCGCCGCCGUCACCGGAGCAUCGACAGCCAGAGCUGGAGCCAACGAAACAACAACAGCAACAACAACAACAGCAACAACAGCAGCUCUAUCGACAACAACAUCUGGACCACCCGCAACAGCUGGGCAGACAGCAACAGCUUUGGCGCAAGAUGAAGACGCUUCAAGGCUCCCUGAGCGUCAAUCUCCCCGGAGCGCUGCUCACGCGCGUCAACGUCACCGUCGUCUUGUGA